UAACGAGAAACGAAACAAAUCUAACCAAGACGGUGACAGGGAAGCAAAGCGAGGGUGUCGGCGAAAUAUCUCAUCUGUUUUAGGGAACUGUUGGACUGUGUGUGCAUUUGAUUUUUGGAGGUAUCCUUCAAAUAUUGAGAGCUGGUUUUAGCAUAAGCUUAUUUUUUGUCCAUGUUCUUCUUGUUAGAUCAGCAGCAUGCUGAUUUGUGACAUCUGUACUCAGGAAGUCUCCUCAGAGGAUGACAUGAAGAGCCAUAUGGCGCUAACCCAUUUGGACCAGGAAUUCAGCUGCCCUCUUUGCACAAUCGCAAGGCUGACUUAUGAUGAACUCAGCUUCCAUAUUCACGCUGCCCACAAUGACAUGCUAGAAGCUUGGAUUGAUCUUGAAAACCAGUGUGAAGUUGUCAGUCAUGUUGCUGAUGCCAUGGACAGUCCAUCGGCCAUGGACAGUCCAUCGGCCAUGGACAGUCCAUCGGCCAUGGACAGUCCAUCGGCCAUGGACAGUCCAUCGGCCAUGGACAGACCACCAAGGAUCCAUACAACUGAUCCUGUAGGUGAUAAGAGGUUGCCUAACUACACCAAACCAAGAGGAAACAGCCUUCAAGACAGCUCAGGAGCAGGACAUGUCCAAUCAGAGACACUUUUCUGUGAAGCUUCCUGUACUAACUCAUCAAAGCCCUCUACUUCAGUUGCUAAUGCUAAAACAGUGUGUUCAUCACCGGUCGUAUGCAUAGCUGGUUCUGAUUCAGAGACAGAAAUGAGUGAGGUAAACAGCGUUGAAGAUGAUUUAGUUGCUUCAGCUGCUCUUGCCAAAUGUGACAUGGAUGUUCCACCAGCGUGUCCAUUCUGCUUUGAAGUGAAAACUACAGUUGACGAGCUUGAAUUCCACGUAAGGACAGAACAUGCUGAUCUCCUAGAUACACCUACUAAAGAUGAUUGCCAACGAUAUGAAUGUCCAAUGUGUUCCCUGGUUUGCGCUAGCUCUGUUAUCCUUGAAGAACAUGUAAACCUUCAUUUGGAAGAGGAUGGCAUUCAUGAAGGGGCUGCAGCAAAAGUAUCUAGUGAUCUACAAUUGGCAAGGCAACUCCAGGAUGAGGAAGACCAACAUCGAAGAGCUAAAGAGAUGGAAGAAUUCAAGAAGCUGCAGAGACAAUUUGGCAUGGACAACUCUGGAGGAUAUAGAGAGCAGUCGCUGCAAAAUCUAGAAAAAGCUGUUGCAAGAGGAAGAAUGCAACCUAUGGAUUUUCACCUACACAAAGCGCAGAUGAUGGAAACUUUAGCUACGGGCAUAGAUGAUGGUAGAACAAAGACUUCAGGGGUUUUAGAAGUGCUACACAGGUAUUAUCACAGCUCAGCACCUGAAGUGAACAGGGUCUGGCUUUGUUCACAUUUGGACCAUUUCAGCAACUCUCUAGGAGACAAGGGAUGGGGUUGCGGCUUUCGGAAUUUCCAAAUGCUCCUUUCUUCUCUGAUGACAACUGACUCUUACAAAAACCAUUUACAAGGUUAUAGGUCAAUACCUUGUAUCCCAAGGAUUCAGCUUAUGAUUGAAGACUCCUGGAAGGAAGGCUUUGAUCCUCAUGGUGCCUCACAUUUUAAUGGCAAAUUGCAUGGCACCAAAGCUUGGAUUGGUGCGUGUGAAAUUUACUGCGUGCUGACAUCACUUCGACUAAAGUGUCGAAUUAUUGACUUCCAUAAGCCAAGUAGUCCAUCCGGAACACAUCCUCUUUUGUUCGACUGGGUUCUGAACUACUAUUCUUCUAAUGCCCCAAAUAGUGAUCGAGUGGUUUGUACCUCAAAGCCUGCCAUUUAUCUUCAGCAUCAAGGUCAUAGUCGUACCAUAGUUGGAAUAGAAGAGAGAAAAAAUAAGAGCUAUUGCCUGUUACUAUUUGAUCCUGGUUGUCCUCAUGAAAAUAUGUGCAAGCUUUUGAAGCACAAUAUGGAUAGUGCAGCUCUUAAACCACUUCGGAAAUUUCCAGGGAGCUUGAAACAUAAGCAAUACCAGAUAGUGGCCGUCGAAGGAGUUCUGUCUGCAGAAGAAAAAGCUGUUUGUCUCCAGAUGACGAAAACUUUCAAAGCAGAGAGAAUUCCAUAAAAGAAAAGCGUGACAACCUUAUGUCAUGAAAUUUUCUAUAGCGCAUCAUCAAAAUAUUUUUAACAUGAUUGACUGCUAUUUUUAUAUUAUGUAUAAAUAAAGAUAUUUUUAAUAUAAA